GAUCGCGCGCGUUUCACCCCAGUCGCCGGCGCUGCACUGGAGAUUAGAAUCAGGGUUUCACUGUUGUCAACAGCCUGCACCCUUCUCGUCCUUUUAGGAGAGGAAGAAGACUAUAUUCCAUUGAAUCCCAGGACGGCGCUUGGGCACCGUGGCAGUGGCAGCUCAGGCAGCUCAGUGAGCUCGUGCAAGCGUAAAGACCAAGAGUCCUUGCGUGGCUAGAAGGGGGCUGCGAUGUAGGACUGGCCGAUGCUGACGCAGCACUGCAUUCAUCAAGGCAGGAUAUCUCCUGCUUGAUACCAUGGCACCAGGGCAAGCACGCCAAGUGCUAACAUCGUUGACGCUGGAGAUACUGUUCUACUUUGGCAAGUUGUAUGACUACUUCUAUUGGAUCCUGACCUUGUUAAUAUUCAUCUACAAAGGUUCCAAACUCCCCUAUCCGAAGCAUGUUUUCGGGCUCGAGCUGGCUUUCCUGUUCAUGUUCUUGAUUGUUGAACCAACUCGCAUCUUCCUAGGUUCCAAAGGGAACAAAACAGAACAGGCAGGGCCUUUGGGGUGGUCCCUUGCUUUGGCGGCUCCUAUCUUGAGCAUGCACUUCUACUUCAUCCUGGGGCAGACAUACGUAUUACGGAUAGAACAAUUUCUAAAUGGAGUUGGGGUGGGCUUCGCUGGGUUACAGGUUCUGAUGGGUCUCCUAACGACCGCCGCCUUUAUGAAUGCUAGUCAGCGUUUGUGAUCUAGUAGCUUGCACCGAAAAUGAUGAUUCAUCAUCUUUCUGUCACAGUCUUGAGAGUGGGGUUUGGUCCGAGGUCUCCGGCAUUGCAUGCGGUUUUGCCUGGUUAACUCGUCUUAUAAUCUGCAAUAAGUAAGACUGGCGUCAGGCCUCCUUGACCGCAUAGGACUGAUUGCAAUGGCAUCACACGUACGUCGACUCAGCCUUUUCGUAUCUGCGACAACCAUGGCCUGCGUUGUUUAAACAGAGCUAGAGCGGGAAGCUAUUCAGCAAUGCCCGUCACGCUGGUUGUUAUGCAGGAAUACACGUGUGAGCCUGACGGUGAGAGCUUCGCAGCAAUGACGGUUUUAUCGGACAUGAAACCACGCGGUCCGAUCGCCCUGUUCAUUGAAUUGGUAUGGCCGGCGGCAAGCUAGGCUCGGAUGGUAACUUUAAUACGGAUCAAGG